AUGGCUGCCUUCUUACGUUUUAAAGGCAUCAACAACACAGUAGCUGCCCACGUUUCUGACGUGCUUCAGAUCUCAGCAGCAGCGGGAUUCCUCCUCGUUGUACUGACAGCCGUCCUAUCCCGCCAUGUUCAGCGGCAUUUCACAUGGUUGAACUUCUGUGUUUCCUGGAUAAUAUCCUGUAUUUCAUACACGCUCCUGGUCUUCACGGGUAAUGGGUCGAAACAUGCACCACCAUUCGAGCUUUGCGUCGUCCAGGCGGCUUUAAUUUAUGGGGCACCUGUGCUAACAGGGGGUACAACGUUUUCCCUAGCUUUCUAUAUGUAUACCCAUGUCAAAUCUACUCUUGACAAUGCAUCAUUAGGCGGAGAGUCCUUCUGGGUGAGCUUGGUGGCCGAUUUCUUUCUCUUCAUUGCUCUUGGCUCAUUGAACAAUUCUAAGCUCGUUUUGGGUCCUUAUCUGAUCUGGCUCGGAUUUUUUAUCGGAGUUCUGGUUUCUGGUAUCAGGCAGCCCUCGCUGGUCAGGAAGGCAUCGAACUAUUGUGAUUUCACUUCUCGCAUUCCAUCCAAAGCAUCUGCACUAGUUGUUGCCCUGGCGGUUAUGGGUGUUAUCACGGUUUCAAUACGUGUGACCGUACGACUGUAUAGGAAUCGCAGAAGACUCGGACAUGACACGUUAUAUGUAACGACGGCUAUCCGAGUAAUGCUCUUUGCACUCAUUUGUUUUCUGGCUUUUGUAGUCAGCGCAGUGUAUAUCAUUACCUGGAGCCCAGGACCUGAAUUUGACAUCAUUUUGGCGCUGGUGCCCAACUUUGGUGUGAUCAUUUUUGGUAGUCAGGCGGAUAUUUUGCGCGCCUGGAUAGCGCUUCUGAAGAGAGCCAAGGCCUUCGGAAACAAGUAACGUUCACCUUGCACAUCUUCCUGGAAUUUGAGCAUACAAAGUGUGGUCCGGGUGGAGAUGUAACGGUUAGUAGUCACAUCACUAGUCGGCACUAUCAUCCCGCAGAUUGCAGCACUCUGAAUCAUACCCAUUCAUUUUCCUUACUCACACGUCAUCCAUGGCUCUCCGUCUCUCCUUAUGUGGUUACUUUAUUCCAUAUUUAUAUUUUACUUGACUUGUAUGCAUUUUGAUGUAGACACUGCUCCUUCUAUAAUAUUCCAGGGAAAUUUGACUGAGGUUUUUGGAGCUUCGCACUUCCAAGUUCCGUCUACUUACACAGAG